UGAUGCAGGUGGUCCGGGAGCAGAUCACCAGGACUCUGUCCAGCAAGCCCACAUCUCUAGAGCUCUUCAAGAAUAAGGUGAACGCACUGAACUACAGCGAGAUCCUCAAACUGAGACAGACGGAGAGACUCCACCAGGAAGAGACGCUUGCUCCACCUGUGCUUGAGCUGAAGGAGCGUCUGAAGCCAGAGCUUCUGGAGCUCAUCCGACAGCAGAGACUGAACCGUCUGUGUCACGGAACGCUCUUCCGGAAGAUCAGCAGCCGCCGGAGGCAAGACAAGCUGUGGUAUUGUCGGCUCUCUCCUAAUCACAAAGUCCUGCACUAUGGAGAUGUGGAAGAGGACAUGGAAAUGCCCUCCAUUGAGGCGCUUCAGGAAAGAGUGAUUCCUGUCGCAGACAUUAAGAAUGUGGUCAUGGGGAAAGACUGUCCUCACAUGAAGGAGAACAAGGGGAAACAGACGAAGGAAGUGUUGGACUUGGCUUUCAGCAUCACAUACGAUGUUGAAGAGUAUAGCUUGAAUUUCAUCGCCUCUUCCAGAACAGAUUUCUGUCUGUGGACUGACGGCCUCAGUGUGCUCCUGGGUAAAGAGAUGAGCAGCGAGAGCAUGCGUAGCGAACUAGAGAUUCUCCUCUCUAUGGAAAUCAAGCUCCGUCUCCUGGACCUGGAAAACGUCCCAAUCCCAGACACAGCACCGCCAAUCCCCAAACCACCCAGCAACUUCAACUUCUGCUACGACUUCAGCCAAGCCGAACAAUAACACGAGCCAUAAGCUUGUGGUCCACAGCGGUUACGCCAUUGCCAAGACAUGGCAGAGAUGCAGGCUUUGGAUUGGGAGACGUUUGAUAGUAUUACAGGGCUUGAAAUGAGAGCGAGAGAGAGAGCACUUUGUGAUAACAUGUUUAUCUGUGGUGCUGUGUUGCAGUGAAUAAGACGGUCUUGCAUUGAGUGUUUUUAUUAGUUAAAGGCCUGACGUGUUGUAUCUAACGUGCCUUUUUUGUCGAAUCUCGUAUAAUAGACCUGUCUGAAAUUCUCAGGUUUGAACGCACACUUUUCGUGGUACUUAUUUAGCUUCUACCAAAAUUGUACUAAAAGGCAUUACAUCAAGCAGCUUACUGGGAGGGGGGGGGUCAAGUAUAUGUUAUAAACAUUUGUGCUUCAUGUUGGCAUCCUUAUUCAUUCCCAUAAAGUUUAACGUAUAUUACAAUCGCUGAUGAAUAGUUUAUCAUUGGAAGAGCACUGAUGUGUCACGUUUCUGUUUAUACCAAUAUGCAUUGGCGACAUUUUCAUUCAAGUCUGUUGCAAUUAUUAGGUGCACAUUAAAGGUCAGUGUGCUGGAUUAAAUAAGUGAUCAACAAAUGUGGUACUGAAGUGGGAUUGGAAAAUGGUUUGGAGAUAUUUAGUGUGUUGUUAGAGGAGUGGUUUGGCCAAGUGGUUUGAAUAUUAUCGGUGCGAUCUGAUACUUUCAUAUUCAUUUUUUCAGUUUACUUGAUGUAUACAACUUCACGUUUUAUUUUGGUCCGACUGUUCCAUUU